CCCUCUUCUUCUCUCCCCUAUAAAACCACGCCCAAACCCUCGGCCUCUCUUCAGAACUAGCCCAGUUCACAAACAGUUUUCAAUCUUUCUUCUUCUACCCAGAUAAUCCCCAGUCUCAGAUUUACCUAAAAAUGCCUUCAAUCCCAGAAGAGCCGCUCCUUGCCCCAAACUCAGAUCGUUUCUGUAUGUUCCCAAUUGAAUACCCACAAAUCUGGGAAAUGUAUAAGAAAGCCGAGGCCUCCUUUUGGACUGCUGAGGAGGUCGAUCUCUCUCAAGAUCUCCGCCACUGGGAAGCCCUAACACCCGAUGAAAAGCACUUUGUCACCCAUGUUCUUGCAUUCUUUGCCGCCUCCGAUGGUAUCGUUCUCGAAAACCUCGCUGGACGUUUUAUGAAGGAAGUCCAGGUUGCUGAGGCUCGUGCUUUCUAUGGAUUCCAAAUCGCUAUUGAAAAUAUCCAUUCCGAGAUGUACAGUCUUUUGUUGGAGACUUAUAUUAAAGAUUCCAACGAGAAGAAUCGCUUGUUUCAUGCAAUUGAGACUGUCCCUUGUGUGGCUAAAAAAGCUGAGUGGGCCCUCAGGUGGGUCGAUGGUUCGGAGACUUUUGCGGAGAGGCUGAUCGCUUUUGCCUGUGUGGAGGGAAUAUUUUUUUCUGGAAGCUUUUGCGCUAUAUUUUGGCUAAAGAAGCGUGGCUUGAUGCCGGGAUUAACAUUCUCAAACGAGUUGAUCUCGCGAGAUGAGGGCUUGCACUGUGACUUCGCGUGUUUGCUAUACGGGCUGUUACGGAAUAAGUUGAGCGAGGAGCGUGUGAAGGGGAUAGUGCGAGACGCAGUGGAUAUCGAGAGGGAGUUUGUGUGCGAUGCGCUUCCAUGUGCCUUGGUGGGGAUGAACGGAGAGCUGAUGAGCCAGUACAUUGAGUUCGUGGCUGAUAGGUUGUUGGGUGCGCUUGGGUACGGAAAGAUCUACAAUGUGGCUAAUCCUUUUGAUUGGAUGGAGCUGAUCUCGCUGCAAGGGAAGACGAAUUUCUUUGAGAAGAGAGUUGGAGAGUAUCAGAAGGCGGCCGUUAUGUCUAGCCUUAAUGGAAAUGGGGGAACCCAUGUGUUUAAGAUGGAUGAGGAUUUUUAGGAGCUUUAAUGGUUUGGUUUGGUUGUAACUUUAUAAGGCUGUUUGGUGCUCUACAUGGCUUUCUAAUUCUUUUUUAAAGUUUUUUUUUGUCCGUUCUCUUAUAUUUCCUUUGCCUGUUAUAUGAAUAAAAAAGGGAUAAAUUUCGUGA